AUGGCAAAAAUGUUGGCUAAUAGAAUGAAGCCGUUAAGGGAAGGAGUAAUAUCUGAGUCACAAAGCGCAUUUAUCCCGGAUAGAUUGAUAACGGAUAAUAUACUAUUAGCUGCAGAGGUGGGGCAUUUCUUGAAUAGGAAACAAUGUGGAGUGGGGGGAUGGAGUGCCCUUAAAUUAGACAUGGCGAAGGCAUAUGAUCGGACCAAGGCGGAGGAAGCAACUGAGGUUAAAAGGUGUCUAUCUGUUUAUGAGAAUUUAUCCGGGCAGGCAGUAAAUUAUCACAAGUCAAGCAUAUGCUAUAGCAGAAAUACUAGUGAUGAGGAUAGAAAAAAUGUGGCUCAAAUUUUGGGUGUGGCACAGGCACCGAAUUAUGGCAAGUAUUUGGGACUCCCCUCUUUUAUUGGAAGGCACAAGAAAGCAGUUUUUGCUGUGUACGACGAUAGAAAGGACGAUGAAUUGUUACUGGUGGGAUUCUGGAACUGA